UCCGCCUCUUGGAUACCAUACUUCGCGAUUGUGUUCUGUACAAGCGCGAACCGUACACUAAACCCAUCAUUGCGAACGCCAGGCUCCUUUUCCAUCUUUGCAAACAACAAAGCACACCAUGGCCCAGGAAAUACGGCAAAAGCAGUACACUACACCUAAGAAGGUCAGGAUUCAGGGGGCCAUUGAUUUCCUGGAAGCAAAAGGCAUACCACACCACAAAAACGACAUUUUUCGGUUCUAUGGUGCAAGCCGUCGGUCUGGCUGGCGCGCCUUGGCCGAACCCCGCGAACUCGACGGCCGUAGGCUCGGCCAUACUAUUCUUCGCCCAGAGCAACGUGGCCGGCCAAGGAAGCUUUCUGCCAGCGAUUUGGCCGUAAUCGAGCGCUUUAUCGACAACAAUGGAUUCGAUGGCCGUAUGGUUCCAUGGGCAGGGCUCCCUGCGGCUGCAGGGCUUGAUGUCGACGUUUGCGGCGAGACUGUUCGGCGCGCAGUCAAAGAUUUGAACCUUCGAAUGUGUGUGGCAUGCGAGAAGAAAUAUACGUCGCCACGGCUCCGCGAACGCCGGGUAGAUUACGCCCGCGUCAUGCUAGAACGGUACCCAGACCCAGCGGACUGGCGGCACAUUCGGUUUUCUGAUGAAUGCCACUUUGGCUGGGGUCCUCAGGGGAAAGUCUGGGUCAUUCGACGGCCGUGGGAACGGCAAUGCCCAGACUGUCUGUUAGAGAAAGAAAUGCCCGCUGAGAAGGAUCUGAAGCGUAGACACUGUUGGGCUGCAGUUGGAUAUGACUUCAAGUCGUCGCUUACCUGGUACGACGUGCCAGGUAAUUCCAACGGCAAGAUGUCUAUGCAGAUCUAUAGAUACCAUAUCCUUGAGCCUAUAGUUGGUGGUUGGCUUCGCGAAGGUCAGUCGUUUGUUCUCGAGGAGGAUAACGAUUCUGGCCACGGCACAAGCAAGAGCAAUAUCGUCAGGACCUGGAAGAAGGCCAACGGCUUGGACUACUUUUUUAACUGUGCUUCAUCUCCAGACUUCAGCCCCAUUGAAAAGGCAUGGCAGGGGCCAAAAGAGUAUGUAAAGAAGAGGCCUUGUUGGGAGGAUGACCUAGUCAAGGAGCUUGCCGAGGAAGGCUGGGCCGCAGUCAAACAGGAAACCAUCAACGGUUGGGUGGAUAAGAUCCCUCAAAUCUUGAAGGAAUGUUUAGAAUUAGAAGGAGGGAUGACAGGCAAUUAGUUUGAACUAUUUUGGAGCUGUUUUGGUAGUGUUGUUCAUGGUGGAAGUUUGGUG